GUUCCUGUGAUCUUUGACUACCACUACUCUAAUUCCAAAUGAACAUUCUACUUUUCCUUCACAGAUUACACUGUUGCAAAUGGAGCAUAACUUUGAUAUUAUGAAUCACGCCUCUCGUGCACUCACGUAUAUGAUGGAGGCGCUCCCCCGCUCCUCUGCUGUGGUGGUCGAUGCGAUCCCUGUCUUCCUGGAGAAGCUGCAGGUUAUCCAGUUCAUUGACGUAGCAGAGCAGGCCCUGACCGCCCUGGAGAUGUUGUCAAGGCGACACAGCAAAGCCAUUUUGCAGGCUGGGGGCCUCGCUGACUGCCUGCUGUACCUGGAGUUCUUCAGCAUCAACGCUCAGAGGAACGCCCUGGCCAUCGCAGCCAACUGCUGCCAGAGCAUCACUCCAGACGAGUUCCACUUUGUUGCUGAUUCUCUGCCACUGUUGACUCAGAGACUCACACACCAGGAUAAAAAAUCAGUCGAAAGCACUUGCCUCUGUUUCGCCAGACUGGUGGACAACUUUCAGCACGAGGAGAACCUUCUGCAGGAGGUGGCGUCCCGUGACCUGCUGACCAACAUCCAGCAGCUGCUGGUGGUGACGCCUCCGGUGCUCAGCUCGGGGAUGUUCAUCAUGGUGGUGCGCAUGUUCUCCCUGAUGUGCUCCAACUGCCCCUGCCUGGCCGUCCAGCUUAUGAAACAGAACAUAGCAGAAACUCUGCGUUUCCUCUUGUGUGGUGCAUCAAACGGCAGCUGCCAGGAGCAGAUUGAACUGGUACCCCGCAGCCCCCAGGAGCUCUACGAACUGACCUCCCUCAUAUGUGAGCUGAUGCCCUGCCUUCCCAGAGAGGGCAUCUUCGCGGUGGAUGUGAUGCUGAAGAAGGGCAGCGCUCAGACCACAGAGGGCGCUAUCUGGCAGUGGAGGGACGACCGCGGACUGUGGCAUCCCUACAACCGCAUCGACAGCCGAAUUAUUGAGACAGCACACCAGAACGGGGAGGAUGAGAUCAGCUUGUCAACCCUGGGCCGUGUGUACACAAUUGACUUUAACUCUAUGCAGCAGAUCAAUGAAGACACAGGAACAGCACGUGGUAUCCAGAGGAAACCCAAUCCUCUUGCCAACCCCAACACAGGGGGUCACCAGGAGGUUCGUCGAGAGGACGCACGAGCCCAGUUGAUGAAGGAUGACCCCGAGCUGGCAAAGUGCUUUAUCAAAACUCUGUUCGGGGUCCUGUACGAGGUGUACAGCUCGUCAGCCGGCCCUGCUGUCAGACACAAGUGCCUUAGAGCCAUCCUCAGGAUCAUCUUCUUUGCUGAUGCAGAGCUGCUGAAGGAUGUGCUGAGGAACCACUCUGUGUCCAGUCACAUCGCCUCCAUGCUGUCCAGCCAGGACUUGAAGAUUGUAGUGGGGUCUCUGCAGAUGGCUGAGAUCCUCAUGCAGAAGCUGCCUGAUGUCUUCAGUGUUUAUUUCAGGAGAGAAGGUGUGAUGCACCAGGUGAAGAACCUGUCCGAGUCUGAGAGCUUUCUAGUCACUAGUCCCCCAAAGGCUUGCCCCAGUGGUACUGCCAGUUUGUGCACGACCACCAUCAGCACUGCAUCCACUACAUCUGCUAACAAUGCAACUCCUGACCUGGGCUCGCCCAGCUUCCAGCACAGCAUGGACGACUCCCUGGACCUCAGCCCACAGGGGUGAGUGACGUCCUGAAGAGA